UAGAGAGGAGUAGGAUUGGUUAACACUGCUCUACACAAUCCUAGAUAAUGUGUUACUGGUGUAGAGAGGAGUAGGAUUGGUUAACACUGCUCUACACUCUCCUAGAUAAUGUGUUACUGGUGUAGAGAGGAGUAGGAAGGAUGCAGUCUCAGGUUUGGAAAGACUGAAUUUAUUUCAGCACCAACAGAUCAAAGCGGAACAAAACCCAAACGUUGUUGUGCUCAAAUUAUAUCUUCAUUAACAAAAAGGCACAGGGUGAACUAUAUAAAGGACUCAGGAAAUAGUAGGAGAGAUUCCUCUCAGGAAAACAAGUAACAUUUACAAAUGACCGACAAAAAGGCGAAUGUCAGAGGGAGUGUAUAUAUACAGUGAUAGAGGGGCGAUUGGAACCAGGUGUGUGUAAUGAUGACGAGACAAGUCCGGGGGUUGAUGAGUGAAGGGCGUUUGACAGCAGUAGGUUCGGCAGCAGCUAGAAGGCCGGGGGUUGAUGAGUGAAGGGCGUUUGACAGCAGUAGGUUCGGCAGCAGCUAGAAGGCCGGGGGUUGAUGAGUGAAGGGCGUUUGACAGCAGUAGGUUCGGCAGCAGCUAGAAGGCCGGGGGUUGAUGAGUGAAGGGCGUUUGACAGCAGUAGGUUCGGCAGCAGCUAGAAGGCCGGGGGUUGAUGAUUGAAGGGCGUUUGACAGCAGUAGGUUCGGCAGCAGCUAGAAGGCCGGCAACGCUGAACGCCUAGACUGGACAGGAGGGGGAGCCAAAGCAAAGUCUGGUGUGACAUAAUGAGAGAAAAUCAAUAGAAUAUUUAAUAUAUUUUCUCAAAUUCCGUUUUCUCCGUUUAGUAAUUUUCCAGGUUUCUGAUAUUGUCUCUGUUUUUCAGUUUUUCGCUCUCAAAAUCACAUUGUUAAUAGAAAAACAACAAAAGGAGACCACUUUUGUCGUCUGAGAAAAAUCUAAGACAGUUUCAUUUUUGGGUGUAGAUAUCCUUUAAUUCAAGUGGCACCAGCAAGAGCCUUGCUUGGUUAGUGGUGUCUCUGUAGCACACAUGUGAUUGCAGAGUUUGCUGAACAAAUCACAACUGGAUUGAUGCAAAUAAUCAUGAUAUCAUUCUGCCAGGUAGGCAUAGACUACUUUGUAGUUGACAUUUAAUUGAAAAGGUUUGUGGGAAAACUUGACUUAAAUGUAAAUGUAAAUGUAAAACUUUUCCAUCAACCAGAAGAUGGUUGUCAUUAGCAUCAUCGCUAAAAACUACACAUAGUGGUAGACAAAUGGACUCAGACAGGGGCAUUUCCUGGCUGUUUCCUCUUCAGAAAGUUGAAGGAAAAUACAAAUCACUGAGGUGAAUUUAAAAACGACUUGCAGGCAGUGGGUUAAAAAUAACUAUGACAAAAAAGGAAUACAAAUUAUACCACCACCCAAAAGGGCACUUUAGAGACAGGAAGGGCAAAGGGGCAUGUGCUCUACACAGGUAGAGUCCUAUCUGUCCAUGUUGCCUUUUGCAAAGUGGGCACUGCUUUAUGUGCUAACACUCACCUAAAUAUCCCAUAUGCCACUGGGUGAGAAGUUUUAAUUGUUUUUGGGCAGAAUUAUGUGAGGUGUUGUUAGCGAUGAGCCUUGGUCAAUUUGACGAGGAUGGCAUAUUCCAAGCUAAUGUCGCCCUCUUCAAUCUGUCACCUAAUGGGCAGGUCAGCCCUGGAGGAACGUUUUGGCUCUAAGAAGUAAGUUAACAUAACAUCUGGUUGUUUUUAAAUUACUUUUUUUGACAUUGCUUUAUUUUUGUUCCAAUCUGUGUUACCCACUCCAGUCAGCAGAUGGCAAUGUGAGUUUUUCAGGUAAUGCUUCUUGUGUGACGUAUCAUUUAAUGGACGGGGCGGGAGGCUUCUUCAACAGCGACAAAAGGCCUCUGAUUCAACCAACGCGGUGGUUUGCUAGCGAACAUAAAACAGGAGCAUUUAAGCUCUUUAGACUAAUCCUGUGUAUAUUAUAUUAUAUGGUGUUUAGAACACAAUUCUGUUUACGUAUCUAAUAGUUCAUUUUAACGUAAUUUGCUUCUUAAAUUAGGGAAUGUGUUAACUUCAUACUGCACUAGGCUAAUCGCCCAGAGCAUGAGCUCACUAAACUAGACGGAGAAAAUAAGUUCUGGUGAAAGGAGAGGAAGAAGCUUUCAGAAUGAAAAAGGAGGAAGAUUCCGUAACAUUGAAGGAGGAGAAUGUAGUGAAAGGAGAGGAAGAAGCUUUUGGAGUAAAAGAGGCAGAGGAGGCUAUCUCAAUAAAAGAGGAGGAAGACGUUUUGGAAGUGAAAAGGGAGGAGGAGGAGUCAGAAUAUCCGAUUACCAUCAGAGAGAGAUGUGACUAUCAUGGAUUCUCUGGGGAGCCUCAACAACAUCCUGAUGCUGACGAGGCAGAGAAGAGUCUCUCCAGAACAGAACACCAGAUGGACAACGCUAGCCCUUCCUCCCUCCCGGAGUCCCCGUGUCGUGCCUCUCCCGGUAGCGCCUUACUGCUGGGUAUGAAGAGGUUGUCUGUGCUGCUGGUGGACUGCAGGAAAACAACAGGGCUGAGUGGAACUGUGAGAGGAGGAGACGAGAAGAAAGGAUCAGAUUUGACACAUCAAAGAGAACGACCAGACUCAGAGGAACCAGAGCCAGGGACAUCCAAACCAGCAAGACGACACCAGUGCUCCCACUGUAGAAAGAGUUGUAACCGGUUAUGGGACCUGAAACAACAUGAGAGAAUACACACAGGGGAGAAGCCUUACCACUGCUCACAGUGUGGAAAGUGUUUCAAAAUGUCACGGGACCUGAAACGGCAUGAGAGAAUACACACGGGAGAGAAGCCUUACCACUGCUCCCAGUGUGGAAAGCGUUUCAGACAGCCAGGGCAUCUGAAACAGCACGAGAGAAUACACACAGGGGAGAAGCCUUACCACUGCUCCCAGUGUGGAAAGUGUUUCAGACAGCCAGGGCAUCUGAAACAGCACGAGAGAAUACACACAGGGGAGAAGCCUUACCACUGCUCCCAGUGUGGAACGUGUUUCAAAAUGUCACGGAACCUGAAACGACAUGAGAGAAUACACACGGGAGAGAAGCCUUACCACUGCUCCCAAUGUGGAAAGUUUUUCAACUGGCCAGGGGAGCUGAAACGACAUGAGAGAAUACACACCGGGGAGAAGCCUUACCACUGCUCCCAGUGUGGAAAGUGUUUCAACCAGUCAGGGGAGCUGAAACAACAUGAGAGAAUACACACAUGGGAGAAGCCUUACCACUGCUCCCAGUGUGGAAAGUGUUUCAAAAUGUCACGGGACCUGAAACGACAUGAGAGAAUACACACGGGAGAGAAGCCUUACCACUGCUCCCAAUGUGGAAAGUGUUUCAACCGGUCAGGGGAGCUGAAACAACAUGAGAGAAUACACACAGGGGAGAAGCCUUACCACUGCUCCCAAUGUGGAAAGUGUUUCAACUGGUCAGGGGAGCUGAAACGACAUGAGAGAAUACACACCGGGGAGAAGCCUUACCACUGCUCCCAGUGUGGAAAGUGUUUCAGCCAGUCGGGGGGGCUGAAACAACAUGAGAGAAUACACACCGGGGAGAAGCCUUACCACUGCUCCCAGUGUGGAAAGUGUUUCCGCCAGUCAGGGGAGCUGAAACAACAUGAGAGAAUACACACGGGAGAGAAGCCUUAUCACUGCUCCCAGUGUGGGAAGUGUUUCAAACAGGCAGGGCAUCUGAAACGGCACGAGAGAAUACACACAGGGGAGAAGCCUUACCACUGCUCCCAGUGUGGAAAGUGUUUCAACCAGUCAUGGGAGCUGAAAGGACAUGAGAGAAUACACACAGGGGAGAAGCCUUACCACUCCUCCCAGGGUGCAAAGCUUUUGCCCAUUUAGGAAGCCUGAAAUAACACAUUAGACUGCACACAGAGCGGAGAAUGCUUACAAAAGCCCAGACUUAGGGAAAAUAUAUCACUCAUAACAGUCUUUUAAACGUCAUUAGAGAAUCCACACAGGAGAGAGAAAUUACUUCUCUUAGCGUGUAUACUGAUAUUUCACAUCACAUUGACUUAAUAUUCAUCAGAGUACAUACACAGUGCUCCCAUUGUCUUAUAUUGUUGACUGAUAAUGUGUUUACUUGUUUUUACCAUAUGAAAUUAAAUGGUACAAGGUAUACUCAAACAUAUAUUUGUUUGUUUUUAUUAGAAAACAUGAAUUUAAUAUGGAGUAUGUCACUUUGAAUAUAAAGUAGAUCAGAUUCCAUGUGUUUAAAUGGUCCUUUUUAAAACUCUUUGUGUGUGUUUAUCUGGGUGUGUCAUUCCUCCAGCACUACAGAUAAUACAGUGAUAUUUGGAUGUGAUGCAUUUGUUCCAUUGUUUACAUUUGCAUUGUUGGCCCACUGAUGAUUUAAUGAAAUUCAAAUAUUCAGACUGUAACGGAAAAUGUUAAUUGUAUGUGUGUCCACAUAACUGAUUAUGUGACUAACCUUGUGAAACUGUCCUAUUAUAAUCUCCUGUUCUUUGGACCAUCAUUAUGUGUUGCAAACCAGCUGCACCUGCGUCCUUGUAUGAAUAAAGUCCCUCCCAGGAACAGGAAACUAUAAAGAUAUGUGCUCAUCACCCAAUGCUUUGGAAUUCAGACUGUCUACACUGCGCUGUGCAACUCUGUUAUUCUCUCUGAGCUCAGAAAUAAAGAAUCUUGGUUUGA